AGUCGCGUCCCAGCCGCCGGCGGUCGAAGGUGGAAGGGACCACCCGCGGUCCGCCCGUGUGUGCCUAUGUGUUCAGUGCCGCGCUCCGCGACGAGUACGAUGUGCGCUCGUAAUACACGAUUCGCGCUCUCGCGACAUCCCGAGCUACACAAAUGGCACUCUUUGUAAAGUCGUACACAACUGCACCCGUUCUCCGCUGAAAUUGCGACUUUCUCCCCUAUUGUUGUUGUUGUUUUGGAACCAGCGCCCCUGGCUGACCAGUAACUGACGAAAAUACGUAGCUGGCUGACCGAACAGAUUUCGCUGUUGACGACCCUGGUGUUAGUGUAUAGCCUGUGGAACUGGAUGAGUAACAUACAGGAGACAGACAAAAUCUUUGUCUUAGUAGAUGCAAAACCAGUGGAAGGUUAAAAGUGAUAAGCCAGUCUUGAAUAUCAGAAAAUAAUAAAUCAGUCAGAUUGAAAGCUUUCAGCCACUAUUUCCUUCAUAAUGGCAUCUGUUCACUGUCGUGAAAUUUGUACUGUGCGCGUACAGAGCAGUGUGUGUAAGUUUCAAUGUAUAAUGUAACCCGUCGUCACGUUGUGCUCGAGUGAUCUGGGAUUACCGGCCUUGUUAUACAAUACGUGAGCCCAUAGUUCUCGCCACAGACUAUCACCCGAAUUAUUUAACUUUUUUUUUUUUUGAAGUGCUGUGAUCAUUAGAUUAGACAGUGAUUGUUGUGGUCAUUAGUGCGUGUCGAAGUUUCGCGAAGUAAGGCGCCAGCGAUGUUACACAGCCAGGAGUCGUCCAGCAGCUCACGAUAAAGAAUGUCUCUGGUGCCGCAGCGUACACCGCCAUCUGGCGGCGGCGCGACGGAGUCGCCGCCUACCAGCCGCGAGUGGAAGCAGAGGUUCAGCUUCCGGGCGUCCGGCAGGAGGGCCACCAUAGACGAGGACCCCGGCGCGGUGAAGACGACGCGUGUGAGCGUGAGCCGGAGGUGCGCCAGCCUGCGGCACCACGCGGGCGCCAGCACCGCCACCCUCACCGUGGUACCGUCCUGGAGGGCCGGACGUGGCCGGCAAACGAGCCUGGAACUGAAGAUGAGCGGUGGUGGUGAGGACUCUGGCACAGCAGGGUCCAGCUCCUCAGCUGACGCCUCGCAACCACACCAGCAGCUGCCCAAGAGGAAGUCCAACUGGGAGGUCAUCGAGCACUUCAGUGGCCGCCCGCCACACUCCAGCUCGCUGAUUGGGUUGGGGCUGCCCCGUGCCGCGUCCAUCAAGGAGGAGGAGGAGGGCAGCGGGAAGGGCACCGCCAGCGGCACGGAGGGCGAGGAGAGGCCGGAGGACGAGGAGCAGGAGGGCAAGGAGGACGUGGAGAGCCUGCUGCUGGCCACCUCGGCCUCUGGCCGCGGGGGCUCCACCCGCAGGAGCCGCAGCCGCGCCGCCGUCCUCAGGCUGCUGCUGGCGCGCAUCUGCCGCUCGCACCGCUUCAAGAACCUCCAGGUGGAGAUGCUGUACCAGCGCUACUUCCUGCGCACCAACCAGAGCAACAUGACGCACCUGCUGGGGCUGUUGCUGGCGCUGUGCACGGUGCUCGCCUCGUUGCACCUGGCCACGCUGCUCAUGGCCCCCGAGGCCGCCCCCGGCGUCAUCGCCAGCGGCCUGGGCGCGGGGGCGGGCGCUGGGGCGGGCGCAGACACCGGCGUCGCCUCCUCCGCCGUGGCGCUCACCCUCGUCGCCUGCAUCCUCGUCUACGCCGGCCUGGUGGCGAUGCUGGUGCGGCCGGCGAUGAACGAGCUGUACCUGCUGGCGGUCUCGUACGUGAUCCUGGCCACGUUCCUGGCCGUCAUCCUGGCGCUGUGCAUCGCGCCCUCCAUCACGCAGUGGCAGCAGGACGGCGCCUCUGAGGGGCAGAAGCCGGAGCCGGAGCUGGAGCCGGUGGCGGCGGCCGUGCCGCGGGCGACGGCGGGCGCGUGGGCGGCCGUGCUCUUCACGUACGUCACGUACGCGCUGCUGCCCGUGCGGCUGCAGGAGGCCGUGUGCGCCGGUGUGCUCAUCGCCGUGCUCCAGCUCGGCUGCGGACUCAUGCUGGCCCAGCCGGGCGCCGCGCACGCGCUCUGGCAGCAGCUGGGCUGCAACGCGCUGCUGCUGCUGGCGGCCAACGUGGCGGGCGUGUUCACGCACUACCCCAGCGAGCUGGCGCAGCGGCAGGCCUUCAUAGAGACGCGCCAGUGCGUCGAGGCGAGGCUCAACACGCAGCGCGAGAACCAGCAGCAGGAGCGGCUGCUGCUGUCGGUUCUUCCCCGCCACGUUGCUAUGGAGAUGAAGGCGGAUAUCGCGGGAAAACCCAAGGACUCCAUGUUCCACAAGAUCUACAUCCAGCGGCACGAGAACGUCAGCAUCCUGUUCGCCGACAUCUGCGGAUUCACAAGCCUCUCAGACCAGUGCACGGCUGAAGAGUUGGUACGCCUGCUCAACGAGCUGUUCGCGAGGUUCGACCGCCUGGCGGCGGAGCACCACUGCCUGCGCAUUAAGCUGCUGGGGGACUGCUACUACUGUGUGUCCGGCCUGCCGGAGCCCCGGCCCGACCACGCCCACUGCUGCGUCGAGAUGGGACUCGACAUGAUCGACGCCAUAGCGCUGGUGCGCGAGGUGAUGGGCGUGAACGUGAACAUGCGUGUCGGCAUCCACACGGGCCGUGUGCACUGCGGCGUGCUGGGCCUGCGCAAGUGGCAGUUCGACGUCUGGUCCAACGACGUCACGCUGGCCAACUACAUGGAGAGCGGCGGCCUGCCGGGACGCGUGCACGUGACCAGCGAGACGCUGCGCUGCCUGGGCGGCGACUACGCGGUGGAGGCGGGCCACGGCGGCGAGCGGAACGCCUACCUGCGCGACCACAACAUCGAGACCUUCCUCAUCGUGCCGCAGUCCGGCGGCGGGCAGGCGUCCACGCCGGCCUCCAGGGCCUCCGUAAAACGGCCAAACCACACGUUCUCGAUGAACGGCAGCGUGUCGAAGGAGAUGCGUAUGAUGGGACACGGGUCGCAGUCUGGCAAGUAUUCAAAGCUGGGCUACGGGGAGAGCCUGGAGGAGAAGGACCCAGAGGAUGAGGUCAACGAGUACCUGAUGAGGGCCAUCGACGCGCGCAGCAUAGACCGCCUGCGCGCCGAACACUGCAAGAGUCUGCUGCUCACCUUCCGCAAGGCCGACAUAGAGGAGAAGUACUCAAAGGAGGGCGAUCGCAUGAUGUCGACCUACUUCUUCAGCUCCUUCUUCAUCUUCCUGUCCAUCAUGCUGGUCGAGCUCAUCAUCAUGCCACACUCAAUACCGAUGUACGUCUGCAUGGCCAUUGGGCUCAUUGUCCUGGUGGCUGUCAACUACAUAAUCAUAGUCGACGGUUCUAAGUCCGCGCCGGGCCCCAUCCGCAGGCUGUCAGAGAAGGUGUUCCAGGACCGUGCAGCGGCGCAGCUGCUGGCCGCCAUCUCGCUGGCCGCUACCACGCUGGUGGCGCUCUCCCCCCUGUUCGUGCGGCUGGAGCCGUGCCACCACCCGCGGCUGGACCAGUGGGCCUCCCCCAACACGUCGCGUUCCAGCGUGGCGGCGCUGGAGAGGCUCAGGCUCCAGGAGGAGGCGGGCUGCCAGGAGGCCUACGUGUUUGACUUCCUGACGCUGUGCGUGAUGAUGGCGAUGGUGAUGUGCGCCGUCUACCAGAUCCUCAUCAGCCUGGCCAAGCUGCUGGUGCUCUCGUGCAUCUGCUUUGGCUACCUAGGUCUGCUGACACUUCAUGCCAGUUUCAGCACGCGGACGCGGCCGGACGACGAGCUGCCGUCGCGCUACCUGCUCGUGGUGGUGCUGCUGGGCUGCCUGGCGGCGCUGGUGAUCCACGCGCAGCAGACCGAGGCCACCUACCGGCUGGACUUCCUCUGGAAGCUGCAGGCCACGGAGGAGAAGGAGGACGUGGAGCACCUCCAGGCGUACAACCGGAAGCUGCUGGCCAACAUACUUCCGGUGCACGUGGCGCAGCACUUCCUGCGCGGCGACAAGAACUCCGUCGACGACCUGUACCACGAGCAGUGCGAGUCGGUGUGCGUCAUGUUCGCCACCAUCCCCAACUUCUCGGAGUUCUACGUGGAGCUGGAGGCGAACAACGAGGGCGUCGAGUGCCUGCGGCUCCUCAACGAGAUCAUCGCCGACUUCGACGAGCUGCUGUCCGAGGAGCGCUUCCAGUGCGUCGAGAAGAUCAAGACCACCGGCGCCACCUACAUGGCCGCCUCAGGGCUUACGAAGAGCAUGUGCGACCUGAAGGGCUACCGGCACGUUUCGGCCAUGGCGGACUACGCCCUCAGGAUCCGAGAACAGCUCGCGUACGUCAACGAACACUCCUUCAACAACUUCCGCAUCCGCAUCGGCAUCAACAUCGGCCCGGUGGUUGCUGGAGUGAUCGGAGCCCGCAAGCCCCAAUACGACAUCUGGGGGAACGCCGUGAACGUGGCCAGCCGCAUGGACUCGACAGGCGUGCUCGACAAGAUACAGGUCACGCAGGAGAUGUACCACAUACUGCACGCCAAGGGCUACCCUCUCACCUGCCGCGGCACCAUCAAGGUGAAGGGUAAGGGCGAGAUGGUCACCUACUUCCUCAAUGGGUACGCCACCACGCCGGCGUCGUCGACGCCAGCGUCAUCAGAGCACCCGCCGGCGCCCAGCAGUGACGGUAACAGCGGCGGAGCAUCCGAGAGCUAGUUUCGGCUAUCCCAGUAGUAACAGUGACACCUGAAUGUCUUCCUGGAAAGAUACUGCAAGAGACCUAAUGAAAAUCUCUUCGCAACUUUUAUGAGCUAUGAACACAAGUCUCUGAUGGAAUGUUAUCCUUUAUUCUGAACUUUACUGUAAUAAGAACAACAGGAAGCAUGUUUGCAAUGAAAAGUAUUUCUACUGGAAAGUCUCAAUAAUAUGACAUAAGAUGAGUAAAAUGAAGAAUGUUAUGUAAGUGUGGACUACAAUUAAGUAAGGGGACUUAUUACAAUUUGACAGGAUGAGUGAAAUCAAGAAUGUUAUACUAGUUUCUUCUAUAAUUAUGGAGGAAACCAUCACAUUAUUGUUAUAAAGUGCCAAAUCAAGAACUUUCUAGUAUCUGUAUCAAAACAUGAAUGUACUCAGUGAAUAGUGUUUUUAUUUCAAACUAAAUGAAUCACAUGUGUUCCAUAAGUAAUAGAGGAUAAUAGUAAAUAUGUAGGUUCCAUCAUAUUUUAAGUACAGCAUGUUGUGGAUUAAUAAUUUUUCUGAAAAACUUGGGGCUAUAGAUGUAUUGUUUACGUAAACACUUCAAGUAAGUUGGCUGAACUGAUUAUCAUUUAUCGGCAGUUUAGCGAGUAGUUUCCCAUUUAAAUUGCUACAGUUCAUACCUAUUAUAAAUAUUUAAAUAAUCUUUAUUGACAACAAACGGUACUUUUAGUUAGAAAGCCAUGUAACUGAGUGUCCAUACAGCCAAAUGAGAGUAUGUCUCCAAUAAUACUUUUAAGACAAAAUUGUAUAUUUCCUGUCUCAAACGUUUGUAUGAGAUACUGCAGUUCUGGGUUUAAUAACAAAUGGAAACUUACAUUUCUAUUGGUCAUUGUUUGGGAUAUUGUGUCAUAAGAAUUUUAAGAAGAGACUAGGAUCUCAUCUAAAAUGAUAGUUUUUCACAUGACACCAUUUGCAAACACAUGAACAUUUAGGUGAAAAAUAAUAUUUGAGUGUGAAGGACUGGUUUAUUUAACAUUAAAGUGUGCUGUCACCAUUAUGUCUUUGAAACACUGUGCAGGUCACUUAAUUUAUUUCAACUUAUUUUAACUGGUGUAACAGACUAAUUCCAAAAACAUAUUAUAAGAAGCUUGGAAACAAAGACAUGAAAAAAAUAUACUGUGAAAUUAUUCCAUUUAUGAAAUGACUGUGACAAUUUCUAAUUCAGUUUACUGUUUAAAAACACAAAUUAUAAUACCUAUAUUAAAAGGAUACUAGUAACCACUGGCUCAAGAUCUAUGAAUUAACAACAUUUUAAACAUUAGCUGUAGGUGAAUCAACUGUAUUGGAAAUGAAUUAAUGUCUUUUGAUGUUGUAAGAAUUAGUGUUUAUACUUGUAAACAUAAACUGUGUUAUCACUGAGAUGGAAGAAAAUCACCUAAGUAUCUGAAAUCUUUUGUGGGUGGUGUUUAAAACUAUUUUUCGCUUCAUUCCUAUGGACCACUCACUGCCAAAUGCUCUGGACUUUUGGCGUCUUUUUCUGGCCUAAGCUCGAUGCCUCAAUUCUUCAUGGCUACUCAGUGGCCCAACUUCCUCAUCUUUCAUCCAAUCUAAUGGUGCUGUAAAGGAAUGACAGUGUAGUAGUGCUUUUUCUAUGUAUAAAUUUGUGUGUCUCUAGGUUUUUUGGCCUUCUGUGGUACAUGCAGUUUUCCAUGUCACUGAUAAAUAAACCAGCAUGAUAUGUGAACACUGAAGAUAUGUUACACGAGAAGAUGUGGCAGAAAAAAAAAUACAUUCCAGAAAAUUGUACACUUUUGUGAUGUCUCUUUGUGUGUGUGUGUGUGUGUGUGUGUGUGUGUGUGUGUGUGUGUUUGAUUGUUUUUAGUAGAUGUUUACUCACCAAUCAAAUAGCAAACUUCCAAAUCAAAAAAUUGUUAAUUGUGAAAUGGACAUAAAUGUAUGAAAACAGGGUAACCAUAUAUUUACAAACAUUUUUAUAAAUGUUCCAGUAUUAUGAUCAUUGUAGCUAGCUACAAAUAUUUUCUGAAACUUGGUUGUUUAUAACAAAAUGUGGAAAAUGAAAGUCAAAUUUCUACACAUUAACUCUCAAUGAAAAGUUGUUACUUCUUGUUUUUACUCAAUUUGACCCUUCUAUGGUCUCCAUAAAUGAGUACUUCUGAUUUUUACAUCAGUGUUCUUCCAAUAAUUUUUCAUUCAGUCAGAGUUCUAUUAUAUCUGAACAUCUGAGCACUUCAACCCAAUAUUGUAUUUUGGUUGUCUAAAGGAAUGGGAAUCUAAAACAUUCUGUGAAAAUAUGUCUCUAUUCAGAAUAUGACGUUUUUCAAUCUUAAUCUCUAUCAUAUCGCUUUGAAUUUAUUAGAGCAACUUGCAGCAGGGAUACUUUUUUCAUUUAUCUGAGUUGGAUGGCUGUAGAACAUCAUUCCAUGUUUCCCACUGUUACAUUUAGUAGUCCAAUUCUCUCGAACAGGUCUUCAUUACUCUUUCUCUGGUAAUAACCAUUGUGUUUUAUUGGUACCAGAAUUUUUCUUCAGAAUUUACUCUCUUUCUUUUCCAUGCUUUUUGUUUCUCCUGCCUUAGUCAGUCCCAGGCAUUGGGAUAAGUAGAAACAUUCUGGUUAUGUGACUAUAAUGCUAUAAUGUAAUGCUGUAGCUCUUAUAGUACACAUAUUUUGUCACUGAAAGUCCAAUUCCAUCUUACUUGGCAUUUUUUUAGCCUCUCCACCACUGACAUUCUUCGGUAUUAAUUCACCAAGAUAUUAAAAUUUUUUGACUCAUUAGUUCUUGCAAAUUCUGUGUUCCAUAAAUUAGGUGCCUCUUUUAUUUUUGUCACUUAUUCUAUUUUUGUGGAAGAUAUUUGAAUGCGAGCUUAUAUUUUCACAACAGAUACUAUUAUUAUUAUUAUUAUUAUUA